AUGAAGUGUCCGACUAUCUCUGCCAUCUGCGUCCUCGCGCUUGCGGUUCUCGCCUUCGCUGACGACAAAAAGACGCGCGAAGACCUGCGAUCAUGCGUGACUCAACAACUUCGUGAUGACAAUCAAGUUGCAAUUAAGGACAACAAACUCAGCAAAAGCGAGCUUUCCAAGCUUGAAUCUCUGAUCAAUCACGAGGUUGACCAGAUUCCUCUGCGGAAAUACGACGAUCAGAAGCAGCAAAACUCUAUCAACAACAUCAAAGAAGCCGCAGUAGACUCUCUGCCAAGUGUUUCAACUGAAACGCUGCAUGAAGUUUUGUUUAAACUGAAAGCAACAGCUGGGUAUUGUGUGACCGACUUGAAAAUAAACACAAAGUAG